UUAAUAUACUUACAUAUGUGUAAGAGAACCAUAUUUGAAGGACAUUCAAAAUGAGGAUUCCGCAUACAAUCACCGAGAAUAUCCUCGAAGCUUACAAAUGCUCAACAGAGAGUUCUUUAUUACCAUACGAACAACGUAGAACACUUAUUACUGAAGAUUUCAACUGGGAUGAUAACAUAGUACCGGAAUUAAAGAUACUAGCUCUUGGUGUUAUAGUAUCGUUAUGGGAAAAAUAUCCCAUACUCGAAGAAUUGUCAAAUUGUAUGGAUCAAGAUGUUAUUAUAGAAACCUUGCCUACUGAUCUUCCCUUUGAGUUGACUAUUACUAAGAUAACCGACGAACAUUAUUGGGAACGUGCUGCUAAAAAUAGAUGGUCUUUUAAUAAUCCAAACGAUUACGGUAAUUCAUGGCGAAGAUUAUACUGCGAACGUCAUUUGGCCGAAUAUUUGGAAAAUUUUGAAGCGAGCUACUUUGAAUCGCAAAGAGAAGAUUGUAUGAAAAUUUUGGAACUAUCGAGCGAGCACGUGCGUGUAUUGAAGUUGCAUUCUCUAAAACCUACCAAAAUACCAUCGAGAUUGAACGACAAUGACGAUUCGAGUCAUGACGAUGUGGUCGAUCAUAUCCCGAUGUCGAUAAUCUUACCGCAAUUACCGUACCUCACUGAAAUGUCCUUGAACAUGGGCAUGAUCUAUAUGGACGAUGGUUUCGAAUGGAGAGAUUUCGAAUUUUCAGUGAAUGACUGUUCGAGUCUUGGCGAAGGAUUGAAAAGUUGCUACAAUCUAAAAAAAUUCAGUUUGACGAGAAGCAAGUUGGAUCGGGCCAGAGUUGCUGCUCUACUACAGAAACUUAUCACAAAUGAAAAUCUUGAAGAAUUAGAUUUCUCGCAUUGCAAGCUAUUCGAUUUGGGAGCACAAGCUGUCGCUGAAUUUCUAUCGUUACACAAACGACUGAAAGUUCUUCGGUUGGUCAACAACAUGAUUGGAAGCGAGGGUAUAGCUGGUAUAGUUAACGUAUUGUUAGAAAGGAAAUCAGUAGUUUUGAGUCAUCUCGAUUUGAGAUUGAAUCCAUUGGGUGAGGCCGGUGGUGCUCAUAUUUGCGCACUGUUAUUGAGAAACAAGCAUCUUGAGAUUCUAAAUGUCAGCAGUUGCGAAUUAAACUCAGCCAUCGGAGAAGUGAUAGCCCAGAUAUUUAAAGAGUCUUCGGAUAUAAAUGUCGAAACGUUCAAGAUUGAUCUGUCAAAUAACAAUUUCGGUCCAAUAGUCGGCAAGUUGUUUGAGAAGAUCGUUGAAGUCAAUAAAUAUAUCAUUGGAUUCGACGCACGAAUGUGCAAUUUCACAAAGGAAUCCGAAUCCUCGAUAUGGCAAAGUGUACUUAGAAACAAGCAAAAAAGAGCACAGAGAAAAGUAUCUGGUGUACAACGAAAAAGUACUCCAUCGUUAUCACUUCGCUCAGAUUCUGAGUACCCAGAGAUAGAGAAGACCGUUGACGACAUCGUCUCCGUCGAAGACGAGACAAAGAUGAUUCUCAAUUCUCGAGUCGAAUUUACGGAAGACGUUUCUCCGAUUGAAAUAAACAACAUGGUGGCGAUCAAUAAUUUCAUAAAGGAAGAAGAUAACAACGAAGAAAAUAAGAACGAAGUUUUAUAAGUGUAAAAUUAUUUUGUUGUAUUAAAUAAUUAUUCUGCUUCUCCAAUUUGAUACAUAUAUAUAUAUGUGUAUGUGUGUGUGUGGGUGUGUGGGUGUGUUAUAUUUAUGAAAAGACAAA